CAACUCCUCUGUCGUAGGGUUUAAGCGGCGGUGGUUUCAGCCGCCGACGACCGGCGGAAGCGACAGACAAGGGCGGCGAGCGAUGGACUUCUGCCCGGCGUGCGGGAUGCUGCUGCAGAUCCAGCCGGCCACCGGCGGCCACCGCCUGCGCCUCUUCUGCCCCACCUGCCCGUACGUCUGCCCCAUCAAAAACAAGAUUGUGAAGAAGGCGAGGCUGGCUAAGAGGGAGGUGGAGUCCGCGGCAUCUGCCCCCAAGACUGACGGUGAGGCCAAGCAGUCCGCCCCCAAGACUGAGGCUGAGCCCAAGCAAUCCGCCCCCAAGACCGAGGGUACAUGAUCAGAUUGCCACAAUGGAGAAACAUACUUUUGACAGAUGUAGGUACUAUUAGGACCGUAUCUACAAGUGUUCUGAAACUUCAAAGUAUUAGACAUGCGGACAUGUAAAGCUUCUGCUAGUCAACUUAUGAUGUGGCAUAUAACUUGUCAAAGGCCAUCAAUCUUCUGGAAAACAAAGUCAUACAUCUUGUUGUGCUGCUGUGGAGAAUUUCCCUUCAAUGUUAGUUUGGUCAUUGUACACGUUUUCUUAUGUGGAACUGGAUUUAUUUUGGUGCUAGAGGUGUUCAUUUGGUGUAUUGAAUUCCUAUGCAACCACCAUUGCCAAAUUGAUGCCACAUUGGGUUUCCUGUC